CUCAAUUUUGGCUUACGGGCACGGGGACAAACUGAAGGACAACAUGGCUGCCCGCUACUGUUUCGGUGGUAUCGGGUAGGAGAUUUGAAUUUGGAUAAUAUCUCGUCGAGCAUUCAACAUCGUUAGGGCUCAGAUUACACGAGCAUCAUAUCGUGACAAAUCAAUUUUUUAUAUGUUAUACGUCCGAUUAUACCCGUGGAUUUUACAAAGGGAACUUGCACAGUGUGUGACUAUCUGACUAUGUAUAUUUUUUGGUAUAUCCAACGAAUCGCAACUUGAGCUGUCAAAAAGUCACGUGAUGUCUUUCAACUCAACACGAACUCAUAUAUGACAAUGGAGUCUUUCUUGGGACUGUUCGAUCCUGGAGAGGUUAAUGAAAAAGAAACAGAGAACUGGGAUUGUUAUUCUAACAAAGAGUCAUCCGAUCAUGACAGCUCAGAGAUGGAUGCUGAUGAUGAGGAUUGUCUCCCUCCUGAACCUGAACAGGGAAAUAUAGAGUACAAAUUAAAGCUCGUUAAUCCAUCCAGUCAGAGAUUCGAGCAUUUAGUUACUCAAAUGAAAUGGAGACUAAGAGAAGGACAUGGCGAAGCAAUCUAUCAAAUUGGAGUUGAGGACAAUGGACGAAUGGCAGGUUUGUCUCGAGACGAAAUGAAAGCUUCUCUAAAAACGCUACGAGAUAUGGCGACCAGACUAGGGGCUACGACUCGAGUACUUCGUGAACGUCUCGCUAGUACCAAGGGUAAGCAGAUUAAGGAUAAAAUCAUCAGCUCAAACGGUGAAAGACGCGUUGCUGAGGUCCUCGUAAGGAAAUUGAGAAAAGAUGAUAGAGAGGAUCAAGAGAGUGUCAUUGAUUUGAGGCUCGCUGUUAUCGGUGGACAGGAUGCUGGAAAAUCAACUCUUUUAGGAGUACUGACACAAGGAGAGCUGGACAACGGCAGAGGGAGAGCCAGACUGAACAUGCUCCGUCACCUCCACGAAAUUCGAACCGGUCGCACAUCUUCAAUUUCUCACGAGAUAAUAGGCUUUGACAACGAUGGCCAUGUACUGAAUUACGCAGAAAUGACAACUGCUGAAGAAAUAUGCGAGCACGCCUCUAAAGUAGUUACAUUUAUCGAUCUUGCCGGACAUCGAAAAUAUCUGAGAACGACGCUGCUUGGAUUAACGGGCUAUUCCCCUCAUCACGUGAUGCUCGUUGUUGCACCACCGCUGAACGAAGCAGCCCAAGAGCACAUGGCGCUUUGCUUGGCUCUGAGACUACCGUUUUUUGUGGUUGUUACAAAAAUUGACCUUGGCCUUUGUGAUACUGGACAAACAAUGAGUCAGCUGGAAAUAGCAGGUCGCGCUCAAGGAUGUGGCAAAAAAUUUGUUCUCUGUAGCAAUAACAAUAACAAAUUGCCUCAUGAUUACGAAUCGAAUGUGAUACCAGUGUUCACUGUAAGUUCAUUGACCGGUGAUGGAUUGGAGCAACUCACGAGAUUCAUCAGAGACUUGUCUCCAUCGCAGUCUUCCUCCUCGGAUUAUGAGCCCGGAUCCUGUCUAUUCCAAAUCGACGAAACAUUCAGGGUCGCAGGACUUGCAGAUCCAGUGCUAGGUGGAUUACUUGUCAAAGGAGCAAUCGCCCCCGGUGCUCGUCUCCUCGUGGGGCCAUUGCCUGAUGGUGAAUUCAGUCCGGUAAAAGUAGUAAGUCUACAUCGCAACAAAGCUCCAUGCUGCCUGGUACGAGCUUCACAAAGCGCCAGCUUGACUCUCGCACCUUCAACCACGCGAGAUCCACCUCUGCCUCACCUUCGACCUGGUAUGGUUCUGGUUUCACUGGGCGAGCAUCCACAAGCUACUCUAUUCUUCCAGGCCACAGUGGUUGUUGUUUAUCACGCAACAUCAAUAUACCCGGGAUUUCAAGCAACCGUGCACGUCGGCAACGUUCGACAGACUUGUGUAAUGGAGGGUAUAAUGGAUCUGAAAGAGAGUGGAAUGCAGACAAACGACACAGCGUCUGUGCUGUUUAGAUUCGUCAGUCAUCCAGAAUACAUCCACGUCGGUAUGAGUCUGUUGUUCAGGGAGGGUCGUACCAAAGGUAUCGGCAAAAUAACUCAGGUAUUUCCUCUGAUGGGCGCUCAAAAAUAAUCCUUUAUCGGAAUCGAGAACACAGCGAUGAAAAAUUUGUCAACGAUGAUUUAAUUCGCUAUCCCUUAAUUAAAAACCCCUUGCCCCUCUAUCGACGAGUUGAACCAUUUUUCUUCAAUAUUUAUUUUGUGUAAAAGGAUGCAGCGAGUCUGGUUCGAUGUUUACGGUGUGAUAAACGAAUUGAACGUUCGUUGAAAAACUAAUGCGGCAAAUGAUACGCAACGAUUUUCUGCACAACUUAUGUUUACUUUUUGGUUUGUUUGAUCGUUUUGACAAGGGCAAUGCGAAUUUCCUAGUUAAUAAGUUUCAUUUAACAAGUAUUAUUUUAUCAUUACGAUUUUCUCUCGACCGUUAAUUUUCUUGACAAACGUUCAAAUCAGUAAUGUCAUUUGGCAUUAAAAAUACGAAUGUUGUUGUGACGCGACGAAAGAAAUUGGACACUUUAUGUGCCACGACACAAAAGGCUUGAUAUGUAAAUAAUAUUACAUAAUCUGUACUUAUCGCAUUAAGCAUUAAUGUUUGUCGUGGAUCUUUGCCUAGUUAUUUCGAGUAAAACGCGUGACAUGUGUGAAAUAAACGACGUAGAAGGAAUGUUGUUUAGAUAUCGUCAGCGACUUGCCUCCAAUAUUUUCAUAGUCGAUAUACAUAUUGUUUUCCCUUUCUUGGAUAUGUAUGAACGUGAUGACGAUACACAGGGGAGAGAAGAAAUAUUUUUUUAAAUUACGAAUUGACGUGUAACGAGAUAAGUAGGGAGGUUGAAAACGCUGACGCUGCUGUGAAAUACUCGCAACUAUGUUGCGAUCUGUAUAAAAAUGAAAGGAUUCUUAUAUAAAUAUAUAUAGCAUAUGAGGAGCAAUA